GCUACACAUCAGUACCCAACAAGGUUUAGCAGCUUAAUCUUUUCUACUUAGCAGAAAUUAGAAGAAAAACAAAACAUUUAAUAAGAAAACAGAUAUAUGAGGGUUUAAGAAAUUACGAGAGGGGAAUACUAAAAACUCUACGCCGGUGACAAAGACGACGGCAGCCCAUUCAGCCAUGGUUUCGGCAGCAACUUGGAUCCGAUACGCAGUCGGAAAACUUCAAUACUCUGCCUCUAUUGGCUGGAAGAACUACAAAGGAGGUGAAAUUACAGAUAGAGAAUUAGGUGAUACCAUAUGGAAGAACUUCUUUCAGGGCAAGUUGACAUGCUUGCACUAUAACAAGGGAGAGGAGAUGGCACCAACACUAGGAGAUCAGGGCGUCACACUUCUUGUUCGGAAGAUACCUUGGGUUGAUCCAAAGAAAGUAUUUGUUGGGGAUGUUGUGCUUCUCAAGGACCCUAUAAACUCAGAGGAUUACCUUGUCCGUAGAUUGGCUGCAAUUGAAGGCUAUGAGAUGGUGUCUACCGAUGAAAAGGAUGAGCCUUUUGUCCUCGAAAAAGAUCAAUGUUGGGUGCUGGCUGAUAACGAAAAUGUGAAACCUAAGCAGGAAGCCAAAGAUAGCAGAACUUUUGGCCCUGUUUCCUUAAAAGACAUAGUUGGCAGAGCUAUAUAUUGCCUGAGGACGGCAGUAGAUCAUGGUCCUGUUAACAACAGUCAGUUUAGCAUGGAUUUGGAUUCACCAGUCCUAGAAGUAGAACUGGAUGUUGAUGAGAUGGCAAAAAGUCACAAAGCAUAGGUUAUGCUUUGGAUGUGAAAGGUUUUCCUAGAAUUACUGAUUUGGUUGUACCCUCCCUUUCUUGUUUCCUCUUAUUAAUCUGAGCAAAAUUCAUUGGGGAAAAAAAAUAAAGUUGUAUUAGUGAUUUUGGUACAUUUUCCCAGGUGAUGAUCUUUCCUCUUAAUGAGUGAACUGUAAAACUUUGAGGUCUUCAGUUCUAUUUAGGAUGCAUUUCAAAGCUGGAGCUGUAGUAUGCAAGUUUGGGACAACCUGUAAAGAUUUUCAAUUUGAUUCACUUUCAUCCAGGCUGAAGAAGCCAAUUGACAAAGAGAGGAUUAUUUGUUGCAGUAACUUGAGAAA